UGCUGUUGUGUGCUUUGUUCCAAGGCACGAAAAAUAGAUGGUGCCAACCAGCACCGCCGCAGUGCCGCCGCGGCCUGCAUCCAAGUCGGCAUCCCAUGCAGAUACCUUCACUUCUGGGAAUUUGAAUGGAUCCAAGACGAAUGACGACAGCUCGGACGACGAGGAUGGUAGCAACGGGAGCAGUAGCAGGAGUUCUGCAGGAGACGACGACGACGACGAAGGGGAAAGUGUCAGUGGGACCGAGGGCGACACCGAAGUUGAGGUCGCAGACACAAAACAAGUCAUCCUCUCGCCCCGCAAAUCUUGUGUCCCUGUGCCAGCUGCCGCAACUGGCCCCAUCGACACAAACAGCCCCUUGGGGAUUCUACGGUCCAUGGUGGAAAUGGCGCAAACGUGUCACUUCCUGCUCGUGUUCGGUCCAACGCUGAAGAUUCCGUCGAUCUCCCGAACGGAGCUAGAAAGCGGCAUCAUCGACGGCAACAAGAGCGACGCGUAUCCACUCCUCGUCGAAGUCUUCUACCGCCUCUGUCGCGACGCUGGCCAAAAGAUCGAAAAAGCUCGCAUGCUACAAGAAUGGGAGCGCGUGGUGCAUCGCAAACUGGCGGACAAUUGGCAACGCGAGUUCCAAGAGAACCCCAUGCCCACGACACACUCGUUCGACGACGUGUCAGUUCGUGAUCGGGCGCGCAUCUUGCAUGCGUUGUGCGAAUGGCGGGUACAUGCCAGCGACAUCACCAAGUUCAUCGCAGGCCUCUCCACAUCAGCCCCUCUUCCGCCAAAGGACGACAAACACUCGAACACGACGACGACCGUCAUCACCUAUGCCUCCCUCCGACCCGAGGCGUUGGGCGAAGACGACGACGGGUCCAUUUACUGGUACUUUCACGACGGGUGCUGGGUGUAUGCUGAAACCGCGAGCGCUCACAGUAGGAAGCCCCCCCCGCCAGUGUACCACGUGCGGUACGCCACGCCAUCCAAGAUUCGGCUGUCGACGCAUUUUGAACUGGAAAACAACGCUGGAUUGGACACGUUAGUCGAGUCCACGCUGGUCGUCGCUCCGUCGUCGUCGUCGCUCAAGCGCAAGCGAAGCUCGUCCAAGAAAGAGCACAAGAGUGACUCGAAAAAGAAGAGCAAACGGUCACGCCACCAUCGCAGCAGCAGCCGCCAUCAUCGGUCGUCACGCCACGACGACGACGAAGAGGACCCCGCAGUUCCAAAGCAGCUUAAAGCGGAGAUACACGAGACGAUUGUACCACCCCCGCCAUUGCCCCAAAUACCCGAAGAACCAGAAACGUCCAACGAAGACGCCGUCAAGCCGCCGCCACCACACGAUCGAUCAGACACGCAUGUGCUGUGCUCCAUGUGCAAAAAGUCGUACGACAUGUCGCUGUUGGACCCGCCAUUGCUGCGCAAGCCGCAGGGCGAAUGGAAGUGCUUUGAGUGCCUCGUCAACGACUGCCGUGGGUGGCCUCGCCGCCGGCCAUCUCGACAAGUAGCCCCACCGCCACCUCCACCUCCCACGGAGAAGACUAAAACAUCGAAAAAGAAAAGUACCAGCAGCAGCAGCAGCCACAAGUCAUCCAAAAAGUCUAGCCACUCGUCAUCCAAGAAGAAAUCGUCGUCUCGAAGACAUCGAUCGUCGUCGUCCUCUUCCCACAGCUACCCCGACGAGUUCAAGCUCUUGCUUGACUUGUACCACACGCGAAAACGGCAACGCGACGAGGCAUUGGCCGAGUCUGUGGCGGCGGGCAUGCCGCCAGCCCCGUGGCUGCUGCACACUGCCAUCAAAACUGAGCCACGUGCAUUGGUUGAUGGGAACAAUGUCGGCGGGUGGCGAGUAGUGAGUGCGUCCGUGGCCGAUCUCAAGCUGUUGUUGGCCACAAAGUUCGUUUCGGGGUCGAUGGCCCAGCAGCGGCUGAAAGGUCAGUUGAUUCAGAUUUUAAAAGCGGGCGAGGCCCACGAAGAGCAAGUGACGCGCCUGCGGGUGCAUGAAGAACAGCAAAUGAUGUGGCAAAUGCAGGCGUUGCCCCGGCGGGCGUCGUCGCGCGUGGCGUUGGAACGGCUCAAGAGUCAGAGCGACCCCCAUGCUUCCAAGUCGGACGACGACACGGCGACGUGGCACGAGACGCUGCCUCAUUCGACUGCCAACGACCGCGCAUUGCGCCUCACUCGACGGACCAGCUCCGCCGACAAUGUCCCCGAAGGCCACCAGAAACGCCGCUUGGCCAUGGAACGCGCCCAUCGCGCGUCGCGACGGCAGCGGGAGUGGGACGGGCCAUCUUCGUCCGACGACGAUGGCGACGUGGUGACCCCGCGGCAAACGCGACAAUCUGCGACGUAUGAGUCCCCCGUCAAGCAAGGCGAGUGGGUGAACUGGAACGCACUCCAAACGCACGCGCAUCCGUUGCGCGUCGUGUGUGCGGCGCUCGUGACGCGCAUGAUUCAAGAAGAAAAGGCGCCGCUGUUUUCUCGCCCUGUGGACCCCACCGCCGACGGUUGUCCAGACUACUUGGCCAUCGUCAAGCACCCGAUGGACUUGGGCACAGUGAAGCUCCGGAGUCUGAACGGCACGUACAAGACGUGGGCAUCGUUCAAGGUGGAUAUGGCCCGUAUUUGGAGCAAUUGCCGGCUAUACAACUCGGAAGGCGCAGUGAUCGUCGAGUAUGCAAACGAGUUGGAAAAAAUCCACUUGAAUUUGGUCCGCCAAGCUGAAAAGCAUGGCGUGGCAAGUAUGACUGAAGACGGUACGAAGAAGCCAACGUCGAGCGACGACGACGACGAGUUCCACAAGAGCAGUCCUAGUCACCACGGCAGCUCCAGUAGCUCCAGCAGCGCUGACAGUUCCAGCAGUAGUAGCCACAGCAGUGAUAGCGACGCCCCCAAACGAACUAGCAAACUUCGACUGCCACCCCGCCCUUCGUCCGUCAAACCCAAGGCUACACAGCCCCGCCCCCCCCCCCCACCGAAAGCCACGCCUUCGAGGUUGAAGAAACCACAACGCAAACCGCGCAUCUCGUCCAGUUCGUCCUCCGACUCGGACGCCGCUGCCUCGUCGGCGUUGCCUCUAAAGCGCCGGACGACCCCCCCCACUAAGAGCAACCCGGUCCUUCCAUCGAGGCAGCAGCACCCACCGCCGACUCGACCCCCCAAGACGAUUGUUCAAUCGUCGUCGUCGUCGUCGUCGUCGUCGAGUUCGUCCGGCUCGUCGUCUGAGGACGACUUGUCCGUGGCGCCGCCUCCCCGAUCCCAACCCCCGCCGCCACUGCCCGCCAAGAAAAAGGCGCCGCAGAGCCCCCCACCGCCGCCCCCGCCGACGACCCCGCCCCCAAUUCCCUCCGCUUUGGUGGACGGAAACGACUCGUCGUCGUCAUCUUCGUCAUAUUUCUCCAGUAGCGACGACAGCGACUAA